AUGAAAGACCCGAGUGAGGUUUUGAAUAAUGAAUUUGAGUUUUUAGAGUGGUUUACCAAGGAUUCCUUCUCCCGAGUGGUCCAAGAAUUUAAUAAGGAGUUUGAUGAUUUGUUGAGAGUGGUCCAGCAACGGGAAGAUACAGCUGGCUCGUUGUUAUUGAGAAGGGAUGAUCAGGUGCUGCGAUCCGAAAGAAAAAUAGACGAAUUGCAAGCAGAAAAUAAUGAACUGAAACAACAAUUGGAUGAUGAAAUUAUUUCUUCCGUUCGGAAGGAGGAAUCUUUCAAAGAGAGCAAUCAAUCCAACAAAAAUCUAAUUGCUUCUCUGCAAUCGGAAGUAAAGGCUCUCUCUGCAGAAGUAACCGAAAAAGAGCAACAAAUUCAACGAUUGAAAAAAGCAGUUGAAUUGAAAACGAAAGAGAACAAUGAAACAAUCACCAAGCUGGAAAAUGUAACUCAACAAUUCACGCAAUUACAAAAUACUCACAACAAAAUGAAACAAGACUCGGGAACGACAAGUGAGAAAUAUAGAACGUUGUAUUGGGAGUCGGAUUUGAAGAGAAUUAAUUUGGAGCAGGAGAUGUUGGAACUGAAGAAAAAACUCAACGAGAAUCAGCAGCAACUGGUUCCACAAAUGCAACAUGCCAACACAGGGGAACUGGAAGGAAAGAUUGUUCUUCUUCAAUCAAAGCUAAAGUCUUCUGAAAGAAAAAAAGAACACUACAAGUCGCUCUCAAGAGGAACAGGAAAGAAACUAUUGGAAAUAUCCAACAAGCUCAAGGAAAGCGAGGAAAAGAGAGUGAAGAAUUUGAAUGAUCUUUUGAAAAAAUCAUCUGAAAAUAUGGCUUAUGUUUCAAAGAUAAAAGAGCUCGAGUCCAAAUUAAUGGCGACACAACAAAAAGUUUCAGAGCUUGAGGAAGUGUGUCAAUUAAGUAUCUUGUCGAAAGAAUCCAAUGAACCUUCCAAGAAGUUACAAUUGUACAAGCUCAAGAAAAACCUCCAAAAUUCCGAGCCAAGUCACGAUGCUUUACUGAAUUUAAGAGUGUUAGAAAAGGAGCAUGAGCUUUUCAUGAUUUCCUAUGAAGAAAUGAAAAGCCAAUUAGCACAACUGAAGGAAUUUAACGAAUUUCUUCAAAGUAAGGAAAAAGCUCAAACUGACACAAAUGCUGAGGACAUUGAUUUCUCCUUUGUCAGCCAAACACACAAAGAACUGGUUGACAGGAUUAAGGUGCUUGAAGGAGAGAUUAAUGUUCUGGAAGAGCGAUCUGCCACAUCUGAAAAUGAAGCAAUUCAUUUCAAACAUCUCAAGGAAAAUGCUGAAGGAGCACUCGCAAGUUUAACUCAACAGUAUGAAGAAACGCGAAACCAACUCUUGGAGCAAAAGCAACACAAAACGGAAAUAGAAAGGGCCCUUAUUGAAAAAGAUAAAGAAAAUCAAACUUUGAGAGAACAAUGUGCAGCACAGGAACAAGCUAUUCGUGAAAUUGAAAAUACGUUAGGUGAGAAAGAGUUAGGUAAUUUGAAACUGAACGAGGAAAUUCACACGAUGAUAAAUUUGAUGGAAUCAGCCAAGAAAGAGAGGAUUUCAAGAAAAGUUGACCAAAAAACAUCUCAUUCACAGACUGAUGAAGAGUUAGAAGAGACAUAUAAUGCCUGGAGAGAAAAACUGUCAACAGAUAUUCAUAAGCUAAAACAACAAUUCUUUGAGCUUAGCUCACUAAAGCAACAAGAAGAACAGAUCUACAAUAAUCAUGUGUAUAAACACAAAGAGAAGAUUAAGGAAAUACUUGAAGAAAAAAAGAAACUCGUAAAUGAGAUCAAAGACUUGAAGAAGAUGUUGAAGAAAAUGAAAAGUGUAAAGAAGGGGCUUGAAAAGAGUAAUACACUAAAUGCAAGCGAGCACAAGCCUGUCACACAACAUGAAACGUUACCUGUGUCUCAAAAGACGUCAAGCAAUCACCUUUUGCAAAUGUCGCCUAUAACAGAGCACCAGUCAGCCACGCCAAGCAUGAUUUCAGAAUUGGAGAAAGAACCCAUUUCCAUGAAAGAAAUAGUGGAUGAUACAAUAAUUGACGACACACAUUGUGAACCUUUGAAUACAGAGGAAGAUGGUAAUAUCAUGAUCAUGACACCCAACACAAUCAUUGAGAGUGUUCAUGACCUUACUGAAUUGGACGUUACCAACUCAUCUUCUGCAAAUGUAUCUCCUUACGAGGGACUUUCCGAACCCGUGUUGGAAUCAUACUCUGAGGUUACUGCAGAGAGAGUACUCUCUAAUGAUCAAUCUAUUGAGAGCAACCAACAAUCGCUUGAGACAGCAUCAAAUCAACAGCCUUUUAUUGAUCCUCAAACGAUUGACUUUGAUAACAUUCCCGUCUUGAACUGUAACAAUUCUUCCAAUGUUGAGCAACAACCGCCUAUCAGAGAAGCAUCAUCUGAGGAUAUUCAUGAUUCAUCAUCCGAAGAGAUGUCUGUAUAUCAGGAAGAGGAUGACUCAAGCCUUACUCAUCCACGAUCGGAUAACACCAUUCCAUGUGAAAACACUACUAACGCAAACGUUGAGGACGUAGUAAAUUCAAUAGAGAAUUCUUCAUUUGACGCUGACAACACAGCGUUUACUGAGAGUUCAGUUAUUGAAAAUAGAGAACCUAAAUUCGUAGAUCUUACACAAGAAUUAGGCACAAAUGAAGAAGAUAUCGUCGAAUUUAGAGAUAAGGAACACAACGAAAACUAUGGUUCUGUAUUAGACAUGCUUCCGACCAAUGAGAAUAUAGAACAUAGGGAGGAGGAUUCCGAUGACACUUCACAAAAUUCCUCGAGCUCAAGUGCAAAAUAUUUGGAUUCGACUGUUUCCAAAGAUCAAGACCUUCCAAACAUUGAACAAGACAAAGAGUCAACCAAUACUAAUUUGUAUGUAUUGAACGAUACCAUGCUUCCAUCAUCACAACUUGAAGAAGCAGUAGAGCCUUUGGAAGAAUUCGCCGAUGAAAACGUUCUUGAAGUUUCAGAAACACCUUAUCAACACAUCAUGGAUGAACGUAUAGACUCAGUUGAGACUUGCUCUUCUCAAGAAGUGAGCGGUCAAUCUGAGGAUCAAGAGACCUCGAAUACAUAUCAAGGCACUACCAACCAAGAAGUGUCUCUUGAUACAAUGGGUCAAACAACUGAUACCGAGACCGAAGUCACGUCUAGUUCUGAAAACGUUGGCCUUAAGGAAAAUUCAUCGUCGACUCUUUUAAUCCAUGAAGAAGUAAUCCAAACAGAGACUAGUAUUAGAGAAGAUGAAGACCUUCGAAAUAGUGAUGACGAGGAAAACAUCAUUCAGUCUGUUAUCAAUAAGGAGGAAAUCAAUUGUUCUUUACCAGAGAUACCAUCCCAAACAAAUGAAACUCAAGAAGAAACUACCGAUCUGUCACAUGAAUCGUACAACACUUCAGAAAAUCCCUUGUGUACCACAGGUGAAAAUCAUUUAUCUUUGAGCAUUACCAAAUAUCAAGACCUUCCAAAUAUUUACCAAGAACAUACAAACGAGUCUGACAAUACAAGCCCACAAAUCAAUGCACAACUCGAAGAACAUUCACAUGAAAAUGUAAACACCUUAGAAGAGAUCCUAUUAGAAGAACCCCAACACCAUGACAGCCCUACACAGCAUUCUGCAACUCCUCAAAAUAUAGACCAAGCAACAAGUGCUCUGGAAGCUGUAAACACUUGGCAAGACGACAGCCAGGAAGAAAUGUCUCUUAAGCAUGUGCCCCAUAUGGAAGACAACGCCUUAGAAAUCAGAUCUAGGCCCGAAAAUGCAGAACUUAUUGAUACUGAUUCAUUGGAGCACAUGACCCACGAAGAGACAUUUCAUCCUACUGAAAAUAUUCAAGAAUUUGCAGAUGAUGAGAAUUCGUCUGUAUUCAUUGACGACUCGUUUGCGAAUACUUUGAGCGUGGGAUACCAAUCUACCAAUGAAGGGGAAAUAGGAGAUGAUGAAUCUGAAGUUGAUAGCGAAUAUGUAUUUUCACCUAUCCAGUCGUCCCAUAGAGAUACCCGAGACGACGAAGACGAUUUCUUACAUGCAAUUCAACACUUGGAAAAUAUGUCUACUCGUAUUGCUAAAGAGACUAUUUCACUUAAAGAGGAUAUCGAACAGAAAAAUGACAAGAACUAUGAGACACAUAAGGUUGAAGAGGGCGAAUCGAUAGAUACCAACGUGGCUGUGCUAGAGAAUGGGCAAUCGUUUGAAAACUCUUUGGAUGGUGGUAAUACGAAAGACGUGCUAGUGAAUGAGCUUAACAGAGCCAUUACUAUUUUAAAUUCAGCUCAAGAAAAUGUCAUGCCAACAAACACUAUUAAUAACGAUUCGGUACUACCUUGCUCCCAACAUGAUCGUUUUGCAAGUACAUCUGAAUUAUUGCAACUAGAGGAAGAUUCCGUAGUGGUUGAACCAACGACAACCUAUCAAAACGAAGAGCAUAGAGAACAAAUAAUGGACUUGUCAUCACUCUCAUUGAACAAUGACUCUUUAAACGUGUCAUCGAGCUCCACUAUUAUUUUCAACACACCCACAAAAGUUGUGCUUCAAGAUACGUGUGUAGGCACUCAAAUUUCUGAUAUGAAGGAAGUUGGAGUGGAAACUGACGAGCAAUACCCUCUAACACCUCCUAAUGUUGUCAAGUUUGAAAAUCGCUUGCAUGAAAGAAUUAAGGAAUAUGAGGAUGAUGAGAGUGACUACUUUUUGAACAUUCCAUUGCCAAAAACUGCUACCAGACAAGUGUAUUACUAUGAACGAAAAUAUUUAUAUCUCAAAAUGAGGUACAGACAAAUGCUUGAGGAACUUGUUAAAUUUGAAAUUGGAUGUAGGCAUUACAAACACAACGUUGCUGUGUUGAAAGGAGAUUUGGAGAGAGCUAAGAAAACAUUAGUUUCCUUAAACAAAGACAGGCAUGUUAAAGAACAAGCCUUACUAGAAAAGAUUUCAUUACUCUCCACGAAACUGAAAAGAACAAGGCAACUACUUGAUAAAUAUGUGCAUGGUGGAGGGCAAGUAUUGUAA